GCGUCUGCUGCAGUCUGUAUUAACACACCGGCCUCCUCGCUGUCACUGCACACCCGCAACAUGGUCCGACACAUUGAGAAUUUGGAAGAAUUCAAAAAAGCUUUGGUUGAUGCUGGGAACAAGCUUGUGGUUGUUGACUUCACAGCUACAUGGUGUGGUCCUUGCAAAAUGAUUGCUCCUUUCUUUAAGGGCCUUAGUGAAAAAUAUCCAGAUGUCGUUUUUCUUAAAGUGGAUGUGGAUGAUGCACAGGAUGUUGCUGCAGACUGUGAUAUCAAAUGCAUGCCAUCCUCCCAUUUCUACAAGAAUGGUGAAAAAGUACAUGAUUUCAGUGGAGCCAAUCAGGAGCAAAAGGUUGUGGACCUGAAAUAA